UAUUUUGUUUAUGGUUAUAUUGCUUUAAUACCAAUAUCAGUAAGUUUUUACCGAUUGAAAUUAGCCGGAGAUGUAAACAGUGUUAUGUGAAUUCAUAUAGUAAUUUUAGCAAUGUUAAUCGCAUGUAGAAUCUUUAUCAAUAUAAUGAGUACAUGGAAAUUAUUACAGCGUCGGUGUUACGACUUACUUUCAUAUAAAUAUUCGCUACUGGUGAUAUUAACAGCGUUUACUUGCAUAUUUAUCGGUAUUGUUCAUUUUGGUGAGAUGUGGAUAACUUGGAGUAAAGAGAAGUAUGAAGCAGUGUUCCAUUCUUUCAAUGAUAAUAUAUUAGGUAUUUCUUUCCAAAAAAAACUGUGCCAACAUGUUCCAAUAGAUGUUGUAUAUACAUGGGUCAAUGGCUCAGAUCCAGUCUUCGUAAAAAAUCUUAAAGAGCACGUUUCUGUUAUGGAUGUUAACACAGCUACUUCCAGAUUUAGUGACAAAGAUGAAUUAAGGUAUUCAUUACGUUCGUUGGAAAUGUAUGCACCUUGGGUGAGACAUGUAUAUAUUGUUACAAAUGGUCAAAUACCAAGUUGGUUAGAUAUGGAUAAUCCUAAAGUUACACUUAUUACUCAUGAAGAUAUAUUUUUAAAUAAAAGUGAUCUUCCAACAUUUUCUAGUCCAGCUAUUGAAAGUCAUAUUCAUAGAAUUCCUGGUAUCUCAGAUAAAUUUUUAUAUUUUAAUGAUGAUGUAAUGUUAGGAGCAGAAGUAUGGCCAGAAGAUUUUAUUACACAAGCAAGUGGUCAAAAAGUAUAUCUUGCAUGGUGGGUUCCUGAUUGUUCAGAUGUUUGCCCUUGGGCCUGGGUGGGUGAUGGGUCAUGUGAUCCUGCUUGUAAUACAACAUUAUGUGAAUUUGAUGGAGGAGAUUGUGAUAGCACACCAGUUCCUACUGAUAGUGAAGCUCUCGAGGAAGAAGGAGACUAUCCACACAAACUCCUACAAAAUCCUUUAGAAGAUACUAACUAUGGAUUAAAAUUUUUAAAUAUAUUGAGGAACAAAAGUAUAAGUACUAUAUGGAACGAUACAGAAUCAUUUAUUCAACAAACGUCACCAAGUGUGAUCACAAACUCAAAGCUACAUGUAAAUAAAUCUCACAAUUUCAAAAAUAAUUACAUGAGUUCCAUUGAAAGAUAUUUUAAUAAACAACUGAAUGAAAAUAAUCGAACUGUAUCUCCUCAGAAAUCGAUGCUGUCAAAAGUGAUGAGUAAGAUAAGAUAUCAAACGUUGAACAUUACUGAAAGACGUCUACAACUGAAACGUUAUUUAAACGAUGAUGUUAUGAAUUUAUCUCAAGUUAGUAGUACUAUAAAUGUUAAUCAUAAAUCAACCCAUUCUGAUCAAUGGAAACUUAGAACAAGACAACUUGAUACAUACGCUGAAUCUUUAUUAUAUGUGAACAGAAUAUAUAAUAUAGCAUAUGGUUUCGAACGUAGGAGAGUACCUGCUCAUAUGCCUCAUUUAAUAGAUAAAUGGAUCGUUGCUGAUAUGCAACAAAAAUUUGAACAUGAAUUCAGAAAAACAUCCAGCCAUAAAGUUAGAAACUCUGAGGAUAUGCAAUAUGCUUUCUCUUAUUUUUACUUUCUAAUGAGUGAAAAACGGAAAAUACCCAUUGAAAAAAUAUUUGAUACAUUUGACACGGAUAAAUCAGGCACUUGGUCAGACAGAGAAAUUAGGACUCUUCUAUCUAGACUUUAUCCACUUCCUCUUGAUUAUAAUCUAGUCGUUGAAUUUGAGAAUGCAAUAACGAAUUGUUCAAAUCAUAUAAAAGUUAAUCAAAUAUUACAUCCACCAUCUGGAGAAAGAUAUUUGGAUUCAUCUCUUCCAACAGUAACUAAAGAAUUAGUAGCAAAAUGCGAAUCUAUUUCACGAAAAGUUGAAGGCAAAUUCGGUGAAGAGAAACACUAUCCACACGAAAUAAUUAAAGCUGGAAAAAAUGAAAUAUUCGAAAUGUUAACGAGCAACGUGUCUCUAACAGUACAACUUUUAGACGAGAUACGCAGAGAUCCAAAAAAAUUUAUUUGUUUAAAUGAUGAUAUGGAUCCUCUUCGACAUUCGGAAAACGAAAUAGUUCGGGCAUUAUUAAAUGAUUUUUAUCGCUCGCUCUAUCCAUUGCGCAGUACUUUUGAAUUGCCUAUGCAAUAUCGAAAUCUUUUCACUGAUCGACAUAAACUCCUUGAGUGGAGAACUAAUCGAACAAGAACCAGAAAUUUGUUGUUAUGUCUUAUUUUUUUAUUACUUGUUACAACUUUUUAUCAUUUAUUUUAUCAUCAAGUACGACGAUUAUUUAGAAUACGUACGCUACCCACUUUACUUGUGUAAAUUUGAGAUACGAAUAACAAAAAUAGAAUGAUAUAUAUUGAAACAGGGCAAUCUUUUCUAAAUGUUUUAUGAAAGAUAAAACACGUGUAUAUUUGUAAAGAUAAUUCUCUUACAAAUUUAUACUAUUUUAGCAGGCAAUGCGUAUAUUUUGUUGCAUAUUUUACAUCUGCAAGUCCAUCCACAAUUUAGAAUUGAUAUUUAGAAACAAAAUAUGAAUCUCUAUAUUCAUUUAAAAAAUUUUUUUAAAAAGUAAUAUUCGCUACUAAAACGAAUAUACUUUAUAAAAUAUAAUAAGAUAUGAACAAAUAUUUAGUAUCGUGUUAAAAUUAAGUAAAACGUUCCUGUGAUAUCGAAAAAGUACUAAUUGUUUCUCUCUCUCUCUCUCUCUCUCUCUCUCUCUCUCUCUCUCUCUCUCUCUCUCUCUCUCUCUCUCUCUUUCUCUCUCAAUAAGAUGAAAAGGUAGAUCUGAUAAAUUUUUCUCUAAGAUAAGUGUAUAAUAACGUAAUGAUAUUAAUAUUUGAAAAAUUAUACAUAUAAGAUUUUAAAAAUAUAUAACAAUUUUGAGGUGUUAUUAAUUUAUAAUAUUUUAAUACAUAUUUCUAAUACACAAUACAUCUUUCUACUAGAAAAUCAUCCAGUUGACAAUUGUUCAAACGUAAAAUGUACCAAAUUUGUACUUACUAUUGAAAUAUUAAGCAUAUUAUCAUUAUAAUGAAUAAAAGAUAUCAUUGAAUAUCAUUGAAUAUCUUUUUAAUUUCUAAUUUUAUAUUUAUUUUAUAUUUUGAAACCAUGUAUAUAAAUAUUUAUAUACAUAAACAUGAAUAUUUAUCUAAAAAAAAAGUAUUUAAUGGUAUUUUAUAAAUUAUGAAACAUAUUAAUGUUUAUUUAGAUGCUGAAAUUUAAAAACUCUAAAUAAACAGUCGCAUAUUUUAAUAUAUGUGUAACCUAUAUAAUGUGAAUGCAUGUGUGUGUAAAAUUAUAUAAAUGAUUUUUAUACUAUCAGUGUUUAAUUUUACAAUUGUACAAAGUAAAAUUAUAUUUUGUAAAAUAAUGUGAAACAAGUGUGAAUAAAUAUUGCUAUAAUUUAUUGGUUAUGUAA